CAGAACUCGCUCUAGAUCGUCUAGAUCUGCAAAGUAACUGAAGAACAAAACAACAUGCCCAAAAGUUGUUGCGUGGUGAGCUGCACCUCAAAUGUUUUUAAAAACCCUGGUUUAAAAUUUAUACCUUUACCAUGCCAAGUAAAACAAGCAGAAAGAAGAAUGUUAUGGCUUCAGGCGAUUAAGAGGGAAGCACCAGAUGGAGCGUUAUGGGACCCAAAGACCCCUCACACAUAUGUAUGUGGGAAACAUUUCAUAACAGGAAGCCAUGUUAAAGAACCCCUGCACCCGGAUUUUGUGCCCACAAUAUUUCCUCACCGCACUGUGUCAGACCCAAACCAGAAAUUAAAUAGGUAUAAACACGCCAGGAAACGUGAGCAGAUGUCACCCCUUCUAAAACGCAAGGUGGCAAAAACGACUGCUGUGAGCCCAGAUCUACCUACAAUUCUCGAUGAAGACCAUUGCCCAGUUGACAACGAUGAUGCUGACGAUGUCCCUGGUGAAAUGCGUGAGUCAAGGAACUGCCUGUCAUCUUAUUCUUUGGAGGAAAAUGAUGGAAAGUGCCGACAAAUGACUGGACUCAGCUGGACGAUGUUUUUGAGCCUAUUUACAUUUCUUAACCAGUUUGUGAAGAGGCAAGGCUACAUCUCCCUUCCACCGCGGGACCAGCUGUUUAUUACACUGAUAAAACUACGUCAAAACCCAUCCUUUUUUUUCUUAAGUCACGUUCUGAAAAUGCCUCAAACAACUGUCAGGCAAAUUUUUAUCCGAUGGCUUGACCUAAUGUAUGGGAAAAUUACCUUUUUAGUUCACUGGCCUGAUAGGGAAUGUUUUUCAAUGAUACCUCCAGAAAUGAAGGCCCAGUUCCCACGACUCACAGCAAUCAUAGAUUGUUUUGAAAUAAGGACAGAGUACAGAGGACAGAGAAAUAAGGACAGACUAGAUGUCAUUGCUAUUAUCUAUCCUUUCUUAGAGCAAAAUCAUACUCUAACUACAAGAAAUGGACAACAGUGAAAUAUUUAAUAGCAUGCAAUCCAUCUGGCAGCAUUACAUUUUUGUCAAAUGGAUGGGGAGGAAGGGCCUCUGAUGUGCACAUUGUUCGACAGUCAGGAUUCCUGUCCUCAGUGAACCAUUCUCCAUGGGAUCAGGUAAAAUUGGAAUUACAUGUAUCUCAACUAACAACAUUCUUAUCAUUUGAUUAGGGUGUCAUGUCACCACCCUCUGGUGAGAAAGCAGAACAUAGAUGAUACAAUGCAAUAUUAUGGUGGAUUUUUUUUUUAUCUCUAGAUAUUGGCAGACAGGGGGUUUACACUCCAGGAUGACUUUGCCCUCCUCGGUGUUGAGCUGCUAACACCAUCGUUCACGAAAGGGAGGAAGCAGUUACCUGGGAGAGAGGUGGAAAUGUCUCGUAGGAAGUCAAACAUCCGGAUUCAUAUUGGUAAGUAAAACUAGAUUAUUGUAAUGCCGUUUUAUUUGAAAAGUCAAUGUACAUGUCACAUAUAUAAUUAUCAGUUUUCAAAUAGAAUUUG